GCCCCAUCCGGCGCUUGGGCAGUUAGGAGUCUCGCAGCUCUUUGCUACUCAGCGGACUCAGUUAAGGCCAAAAUACUCGCUAGCCAUGUCGGCUGCAGAGGAGGCGGGUGUUUUCCACAGAGCGCGGGGCAGGACCCUGGACUCCUUUUCCUCAGAAAAGGAAAGGGAAUGGAAAGGCCCGUUCUACUUCAUCCAAGGUGCAGACCCCCAGUUUGGACUGAUGAAGGCCUGGGCCACUGGGGACUGUGACAACGGUGGUGAUGAGUGGGGACAGGAGAUCCUUCUGGCUGAGCAAGCAGUCCAGGCCGUCAACAAGCUGAACCCCAAGCCCAAAUUCUUUGUUCUGUGUGGGGACCUCGUCCACGCCAUGCCAGGGAGGCCCUGGCGGAAGGAGCAGACAGAGGACCUGCAGCGGGUGCUCAGGACCGUGGACAGAGACAUCCCGCUGGUGCUGGUCAGCGGCAACCACGACGUGGGCAACGUCCCCACCCCCGAGACCAUCGCGGAGUUCCAGCGGACUUGGGGAGACGACUACUUUAGCUUCUGGGUCGGGGGUGUCCUGUUCCUCGUUCUCAACUCCCAGUUCCUGUACGACGCCUCCAGGUGCCCCGCCCUGAAGCAGGAGCAUGACCACUGGCUGGACCAGCAGCUGCGCACGGCGAGACAGCGCACCUGCCGGCACGCCGUGGUCUUCCAGCACAUCCCGCUCUUCCUGCGGAGCAUCGACGAGGACGACGACUACUUCAACCUCACCAAGGCCCUGCGGAAGGAGAUGGCGGAUAAGUUCGUGGAGGCAGGUAUCAAGGCUGUGUUUUCAGGCCACUACCACAGGAAUGCUGGGGGCACCUACCGGAACCUCGACAUGGUGGUGUCAUCCGCCAUUGGGUGCCAGCUGGGCAAAGAUACCCACGGGCUCCGAGUCGUGGUGGUCACCGCCGAGAAAAUCGUCCACCGAUACUACAGCCUAGAUGAGCUGAAUGAGAAGGGAAUAGAAGACGAUCUGAUGGAUCUGUUGAAGGAAAACUAAUCGCCAAUUAUGAUUGAUUUACUUUUCACUUCUACUGUUAUUUUGUUAGAAACAGUAGCUGCAAACAACCCCUUAUUGAAAUUUAAAAAAAAAGUAUUCCAGGCAGAUUUGUGAAUUUAUGUCCUUCUGCUUAAAUCAGAGAGCUGGGUCCUGCCCUAAAUGAUACUCAAAUGG